AAAGCAAAAACACAACAUUCAGGGCAAACAAUUAUGCAGAUGAAAUUGUUGUUGUGGAUGGUGGUGAUGAUGGUCAUAUUGCCAUCUUCUACCGUUACAGCAAGUUCAAAUAUUUCUUUAGAAACCUGCCCACAAACAUGUGGAAACGUUAGCGUUCCUUUCCCUUUUGGAUUUGGCCGUCCUGAAUGCGCCAAAAACUCAACCUUCCUGCUUACAUGCAACCAGAGCGGCAGCCUUUUGUAUGGCGACAUUCCAAUUGACAACAUAUCAUUGGAAGACGGCACCAUCACCGGACUCAUUUACCCUGCCUACGAAUGCUACGACCAGAACGGUUUAAAGAAUGGGACUGAUCGGCUUAUCUGGCUCAGCAGACCGUCUCUCAUCAUAUCCCCCAUCCACAACAAGUUUAUUGGCUUGGGCUGCGACACGAUUGCCAAAAUGACCGACAGAGAAGGAAGGUCUGGAAGUGGGUGCAUCACCUUCUGCAAUAACCCUGCCGACAUCAGGAAAGACAGUUCUUGCUCCGGGUUCGGAUGCUGCCAGACCUCCAUCCCCGAGCACCUCGACCAAGUGAACUUUACGGUUACCAGUUCUUCUAAUCACACAGAUGUUUUGGAUUUCAACCCCUGCAGUUAUGCUUUUAUUGUUGCAAAUUCCUUCGAUAUAUCGAAAUUAGACUUCCUUGGUCCCCAAGAAACCUUUCCAUCGUGGCUACCCGUGGUGUUUGAAUGGGUGAUCGGAGAUAACCGGGGCUGCCAAGAUUAUUGCGGCCCUAAUGCUAAAUGCUCUUACGCCGAUACUGUUGGUGGAUUUCGUUGUUGGUGCAAGCCAGGGUUCAUCGGAAAUCCCUACCUCCCACUAGGAUGUCAAGAUAUUGAUGAGUGCAAAGAACCAAACAAGUAUCCUUGCCUCGGAACUUGUUGGAAUACCAUCGGGUCCUACACUUGUGAAAACAAAACAAACAAAACAACCUGGCCUAUCAUUUUGGGUAUCAGUUUGGGGUUUACAGUAGUUUGUGUAGUUAUUGGUGCAUGGUGGUUGUCCAAAAUAUUAAAAAAGAGGAGGAAAGUGAAGCUCCGGAGCCAAUUCUUCAAACAAAAUGGAGGCUUAUUAUUGCAACAACAAUUGUCUUCAACUGAGGGUAAUGUUGAAAAGACCAAAAUAUUUAGUACCAAGGAGUUGGAAAGGGCAACUGAUAACUUCAAUAGGAAUAGAAUACUUGGUCAAGGAGGUCAAGGCACUGUUUAUAAGGGAAUGUUGGUUGAUGGAAGAAUUGUUGCUGUUAAGAAGUCCAAAGUACCAGAUAAAGAGAAAGUUAAAGAUUUCAUCAAUGAGGUAGUCAUUCUUACACAAAUUAAUCACAGAAACAUUGUUAAGUUAUUAGGGUGUUGUUUGGAGACUGAAGUUCCUUUGCUAGUUUAUGAAUUCAUCCCCAAUGGGACACUUUUCCAGUACAUACAUGGUCAAAAUGAGGAAUUCUCAUUAUCUUGGGAAAGACGAUUAACAAUUGCAUCAGAAGUUGCGUCUGCUCUUUCCUACUUACAUUCAGCAACCUCCAUUCCCAUUUAUCAUCGAGAUGUCAAGUCCUCAAAUAUUUUACUAGAUGAAAAGUACAGGGUAAAAGUUUCAGACUUUGGGGCAUCAAGAUCAAUUGCUAUUGAUCAAACUCAUUUGACCACAAAUGUUCAGGGCACAUUUGGCUAUCUAGACCCUGAAUAUUACCAGUCAGGUCAAUUUACGGAAAAGAGUGAUGUUUACAGCUUUGGAGUUGUCCUUGUUGAGCUCUUAACCGGAGAAAAACCAAUUUUUUUAGAAAGGACAAAAGGUGGAAGAAGUUUAGCCUCUCAUUUCAUUCUUUCUAUGGAAGAUAAUAGCCUCUUUAAUAUUCUUGAUGCUCGAGUUAAAGAUAGUUCUGCACAUGAAGAAAUUAUGAAGGUUGCUAAACUUGCAUAUAGAUGCUUAAGCUUGAGUGGUAAAAAGCGGCCAAGGAUGAUAGAAAUUGCUGUGGAGUUGGAGCAGAUUUGUUUUUUGCAAAACAGUUCAAAUGAUCAAAAAAUUCAUGAAGAGAUUAGAUAUGUUGAGACUAAAGUAACCAAUUACGGGGAUUUUGCCUCAGGAGGUGCUUUGUCAAUAGACAUGGAACCACCAUUUUCAAGCGAAUCAUGGGGAUUGUUAGAAAAGCAAUUGGGCUCAAAUGUCGAAUAAUAUAGGUAGAGAUAGCCUAUGUUCUGUAUGGGUGUAGCUUCAUGAUUAUUUGUCAUAACAUUAUUAUGAUCAGUAAAAAAAAAAAUAGAAUUUAAAAUAGUUU